GGCUCCAAGCAGAGGAGGGCAGAGGUGUGGGAGUAGAGAUGCUGCUCAGUGUCUGAGGGAGGCUGGAUUGCUUCUUCCCAGAAGCCAAGGCUCUCCAGGGCAUGAAUGAUAAUGCCAUGAAAAUCCUCUGCCCUCUUUUCCACAGGGAAAAAGACCUGCAGGGUUAAAGCUACUUGAGAAGUGAUAAGGGAUCUAAACACCUUUUGGGCAGAAUUCCCAGCAGAUGCUGUUGGGAAUACCAUGGGAAAAUUGAAUUAAUAAUAUAUAAGGGAACCCUGAAGUCCACUUGCUGUGCAAGUCAGUCCCAGACUACCAGCGUAUCAAGAAACAGUUUUUCUGUCAUGUUGUAGAAGGGAAAAAAGGAGGAUAAAAUGGAUUUAUUGUCCUCCUAUUGGUGGACCUAACCAUGUACCAAUGGAAGAACAAUACCAGGUUAUUUUUGUUAUGGUUAUUAAAGUCUUGGAACAAAACAGUUAAUAGCAGCAAGCAGCUUGGGUUAAUAAUUAAGCACCCUCAAUGGAUGGCUCUGAGCUGUCUGUGACGGGAUUUUAGCCUUUUGGGAGACUUGUCUGGUGGGUUUCAGCACUGGGCAGGGUGACUGACACAACCCCAGCCUGAAACCUCUGGCAGAGCUGGUGCCAAAGGGAUGGAGCUCUUGUGCUGGUAUUGGAGCCCCUGCACUUCUCUCAUCAGAGAAAUGGAGGAAGAACAAAUUAAGUAAGUUACAGGGAAGGUCCUGGAGCCAGACUCUUGUGAAUUCCUCAUCCAGUGUUCAAGAUGAACCUUUGGAGAACAUUUCUGCUGAGUGCUGGCCUGAUAUUCUUGGCAGGGACAGCCUCAGCAUCUCUCAUCAGGCCCCAUGAGGGCAGCAUUGCUGGAGGAACAUGGAUUUCCAUCACUAUGGAUGGCUCAACAUCCCACCAGGUAGAAUCUGUCUCUCCAGCCAGUGCAUCCUGUCUGGAGGUGUUCCUGGUGAAUCCAGACCUGCCCAGGCUGCCCUGUGAUGUCUCUCCUCUGCAUUUGGACUUGCCCACUAUCAAGUGCAGAACAAGGCCUUCACCCCAGGAGGGUUUGUACUACGUGGAGGUGAUGUUUAAAGGACAUGUGAUUAACAAUCUGACUGAGAAAGAGAACUAUUCUUUCAAGUUCUCAGCUGAGCAGACACCUGUGCUUUACCAAAUUAAUCCAUCAUCUGGCACCCCAGGAAAUUUAAUACAGAUCCAUGGGAAGACAAUUGCUGGGAGAUACGAGACCCUGGACUUCAAUGUGGAUUAUAUUGAUGGGCCAGCUGUUCUUACCUCAGAAGGAGAUGGAUGGAGCAGUCUCUGCUCUUUUGCUGACAGGAGAUCUGGAAGCACUUACCCUGUUCAGGUGAAGGAUGGACUGGGGACUCUGCAGUGCCGGGUGGAAGGGAACCACAUAGGGUCCCACAACAUCAGCUUCUCGGUGUUUAACAAAGGAAAGUCAGCAGUGGACAGAGGUGCUUGGCUCAUCAGUGCCAAACAGGAGCUUUUCCUGUAUCAGACUCAUCCAGAGAUAUUUUCCGUGUUCCCAGCUGGAGGGAGCCUGGCAGGGGGCACUGAUCUCACUGUCACUGGGGAUUUCUUUGAGGAGCCAGUGCAGGUCACUGCUGCAGGUGUUCCCUGUAAAGUCAAGCACGUCUCUCCCCGGGAAAUCAGAUGCACCACCGAGCCUGUGGGCAAGGACAGGAGGCUUGGUGCCCCCCAGCCAGGAAACAGAGGGCUUCUCUUUGAAGUCUGGGAUGAUGCCUCUGAUCUGACAGAAGCAGGUCCUGGAUACAGAUGGCAGUUUGUACCUAAUGCCAGCUCCCCAGUAAGGUUUCUGUCUGGGGCAAAGAAGUCCUUCAGCUCCAGACUCCGUGGAUUUUUUGUGGCUCCUCAGACCAACAAUUACACCUUCUGGAUUCAGGCAGAUGGUCAGGCAUCUCUCUACUUAAGUUUGUCCCAAGAUCCAAAACAGAAGGUGAGAAUUGCUUCUCUCCCUGCUGGCAACUCGGAGUGGUCUGAGAACUGGGUGAAGAACUGGAGUGAACUUUGGCAGCCAAAAUCCCAGAAAUUUGAGCUAACUGCUGGUUCAAGGUACUACCUGGAAGCACUGCAUCAUGCCAAGACACCCAGCAAGGGGAUGAGAGUUGGAGUCCAGAUACACAACACGUGGCUGGACCCCCAUGUGGUGAACAGCUACUACACUGAGAGGCACGAAAUUCGGGCUCGUGCCUUGCAUCUUCCAGAAGUGCAGAUGUUGGCUGUGUCUGGUACAGGUUAUUUCAGUAUCUCCUGGAACAACACGCUGAGGAUGAUCCCCACAAAUGCUACAGCUCACCAGGUGCAAGCAGCAAUAGAAGAACUCCUUUCAGUAGGAUGUGAAAUUGAGCCAACUUCUGCUAAAAUCCUUUUUCACUGUGGUUUUGAGAAAGAAGAUAUGAAGGACAUCACCACCACAGGACACGUUGUCAGUGGAACAGAGCCUUUCUGUGGGAGGUUCAGCAUCCACAGACCAAGCCAGCUGGUGAAGACUUCCCCAUCAAUGCUACCAAGAUAUGACCUUACUAAAUACACACAUGUGUGUUUUGCACAUAAAGGCCACAUGAGCAAUUUCCUUCAUCUCUCAGUGUCCUACACCAAUGUCUCCUCAUGUCCAGUGAGGAGAAACCUCACCUGCCAAUGGGACUUCAAUGAAACUGACUCUAAAAGCUGGACAUUUACCUGCAGCAACCUCUGGAAGAGGUGUGUGAAUCUCUCUGUGUUCCUCCAGGACCUCCCAGCCAAUUCCCCAGUAUUUGUGCAUCAGAUAGGCUUGCAGAGCCCUGUGCUGCAAAAAGAAACACCUGGAUCAUUUUAUCUUGAUGAGCUCAUCAUUGCUGACAGAGAUGUGAUAGUUUCUCAGAGAGACCCCAAACCCCCCCGGCCAGGGGGGAGGACAAUUGAAGCCGUGUCUGUGCUGGGGUCUCCUCCCACCUACAACGUGUCCUGGAGGGUCUCUGGCUGUGGUGCCAGCCUGCCCCUUCUCUCUCUGAGAGGUGCAGUGCUCGGGGAGGGCUCUGAGGAAUACGGACACCUGAAUGUUUCCACGGAGGAUGUGAGGGUUGGCCUCACCAUCCAGAGGCUGCAGAAGUCAUCCCCACCUCUUGGAGGAACCUUCUGCAUCCACUUGGCCAACACAGCGAUACCAGGAGUUUCAGUGCACACCUCUGCCCACCGGCUCCGCAGGCUUUUGCAGGACAACGUGGAUCAUUUUACAGCUCCCUUCUUCAACACCAGUGACUUCACCGUCACCAGAGAAUCCAGCUCGUGCUAUGAAAGCACCUGGACACUGACUUGGAAAAAAACAGCUGGGGACUUGCCCAAUGUUAUCAGUGUCUCUGAUGAAAACCUCACUGGCCUGAAGCCAACUGUCUCUACCCGUGUGGUUUACGAUGGGGGUGUGUUUAUUGGACCAAUAUUUGGGGACAUGCUUGCCACCCCCCACAACCAAACACAGGUGGUGGUGACGGUGAAUGAUGUCCCUGCAAACUGUUCUGGCUUGUGUUCUUUCCAGUUCAGCCGGGAACUGACACCCAUAGUCAGAGAUGUGCAGUAUUCAUCAGGUGAAGGGUCCCAGGCCACCGUGGUUCUCAGGGGAGCUGGCUUUGGUGAGGAGCUGCUGGCCCUGCGGGUGGAGGUGAGCAAGAGGAGCUGCCACGUCACGGCUGGGAACCAGAGCCAAGUGGUUUGCCAGGUGCCGAGGCUGCCGGUCGGGAUCCACCCGGUGACGCUGCUGGUGACACCCCAUGGCUUUGCUCUCAGUGCCACCACAGGACAAGGGAUCUUCCUCACAGUCCAGCCAACGCUGGGAGCUGUUGAACCUCCUUCGACCUCAGAGAUUGGAGGACUUAAAGUGACUCUCAGGGGCACCAAUCUGGAAGGGGUAAAUGCAGUGUUGUUUGGAUCCCAGCCUUGCCCAGUUUUGGAGGAGGGCAGAAAUUCAACCAGAAUUCAAUGUAAAGUUCCUUCUCGGGGGACAGAAGAUGCUGCUGUCCACGUGACACUGAUUUCUGGGUACCAGUCAACAACAGUAACCAACUUGUUCCAAUAUGAUCCUUCCUUAAACCCUGCACUUGUAUCCCUGAGCAGGAACAGAAGUGGCAUAGCAGGAGGUGAGGAGCUUCACAUUGGAAUAUCCCAGUUUGCCAACUACCAGGGCUCAGAUGUCAAAGUCCAAAUUGGGGACUUGUGGCCACAGAUCCAGGCACAGACAGAGCGUGGGGUUAAUGUGACACUUCCAGCCCUGCCUGCAGGGUGGUACAACAUUUCUGUCCUCAUCAAUGGCAUCGCUGUCGCUUCAAGCAGGGUUGAGCCGGUAAUCCAGUACCUCUCCGAGAUCUUCAGCAUCGAGCCGUGUUGUGGCUCCAUUCUGGGUGGAACACUGCUCACAAUCUCCGGGGUGGGCUUUAGCCAAAAUCCUGCCCUGGUUUCUGUGUCAAUGGACAGUCAAACCUGUACAGUUACUCAACUGGAAGAAGAGACAAUUAAGUGCCUGACCCCACCAGCUGUUAAUUGGUCUAAUGAAGAUUCACGUGACACCUCUGUCAGAGUAAAUGUAGCCAUCAGCAGUGGGUCACUUCAACAAAUUCUCUUUGCAAAUAGGACCAUCACUUUUAACUACCAAAGAGCUUUGACUCCCCUCGUUACUUCUGUUGAAACAGAAAUCACAGACAGCAGCCUGCUCUUGAGCAUUCAGGGAAUAAACAUCACUGGAUCUACGGCUAAGCUUGGACACAGCACAUGUCAACUUGAGUUUCAACAGGACAACCAGUCUGCAGUGUCUUAUCGGUGUUCUUUGCCACUGAACAGCUUGGAACCUGGGACUUUCCCCAUCCAGGUCAUCCAGAGGCAGCUGGGAUAUGCUCAAGUGACAGCAAGGCAGCAGGCCCUCACCAUAACUCCACAGAUAAGCUCCAUAUUCCCAUCUCAAGGAUCAAUCUGUGGCGGGAUGUUGCUCACUGUAUCUGGUGUUGCUUUGAAAUCCAGGAGGAAUUUGGUACAGGUCAGCCUGGGGAGUAAUUAUUCCUGUGAGAUCCAGAAGUCUGAUAAUGACUCCAUCAGUUGUGUUGUCCUUCCAGGGGCCCACCCUUUGCACCCUCAGUGGCAGCCUGAGGCAUCUCGGGCUCUCAGUGUCACCGUGCUUGUCAAUGGGGUCCGCAGUGUGUGCCUUAGGGACUGUACACUCCACCUUCAUGAGCACUGGACCCCCCUGGUCCACCUGGUGACCUGGAAGACCAAUGGGACAUUCACCUACAUGACAAUCAAAGGACAGAGGUUGGCGUGGCAGGGUGACAGCCCUGUGGUACAUGUGGAUAACAGCACUGCCUGCAAGGUGACUUUCUGGAAUGAAACCAUCAUCAAGUGCCAGACAGCCUGCCUGGCCCCAGGGGAACACAACAUUUCCAUAUCCAGCAGGAAAAGUGGUCAUGCUUGUUUCAGAGGGACAUCCAGCAUUCUCACCAUCCUGCCUUGGGUGUACCAGUUCUACCCACGGAAUUUCAGCACCAAUGGCGGAGGCCUGCUCAGCUUAGCUGGGUUGGCCCUGAAAGGAAAGAGGAUGACUUCAGUCCUCAUAGACCAUCGUCCUUGCCUUGUUCUCAACAUCACCUGUGUGUUCAUCCAGUGCACGGUGCCUCCAGGGAAAGGCACGAGGGCUCUGAGUCUGAAAGUAGAUGGGCACUCCUAUUACCUUGGAACAAUAAAUUACAGUGAGGAAUUCACCCCAGAUUUCCUUUCACUUGUUUCCAAUGGUCUCCUUUUAACUUUGACAGUAUCACAGGUCACAGAGAUGGACAUUAUCCUCGUGUUUAUUGGAGAUUUUCCUUGCAGCAACAUCACCAUUGCUCACACUGUGUUGCAGUGCACAGCUCCUCUGCUCCCUGUGGGCGAGUACCCUGUGCUGGGUCUGGAUAUUCCCAGGGGAUGGGCUUCCUCCAACCUGACAUUCACUUCUCCUCUGACAGUGACAGCUGCACGUCACAACUGGGGUGGCUUGAAUGGAGGACAAGUUUACCUGCAUGGAACUGGGUUUUCCCCAGGGAAGACUUUGGUCACAGUCUGUGGCACCAGCUGUGAACUCCUGGGCAACAUGACAGUGACUGAGCUGAGCUGCCUUGCCCCACGCCUACGAGCCUCUUUGGCCAUGCUCUGUGGCCUGACACAUUCUUCUGCCAGCUGCCAAGAGGACAGAGCCACCUUCAUUGAGUGUGACAUCCGAGUGGCGGUGGGCACCUCCCAGCAGAGAAGAUCUGUGUCCUACCUCUACAUCUGCGGGGACAGGCGGCCCCAGGGGCGUUUCGCUGGACUCUUUGCCAGGUUAGUGCCGUGUCUCUCCAUCAGCCCAGCGGGUCCAUCCACAAAUAACACCCCCCCGUGGUUUCCCACCUUUUGCAGAGCUGUUCCAAAUGAUGGGCUGAAGGAACAAAUCCUUAAUCCUCACACUGAUGCCACUAGAGCAGCUGCUUUGGGUUAUUUUUUCAUCACCUGUCUUGCAGCCUCUUUGGCCAUGCUCUGUGGCCUGACACAUUCUUCUGCCAGCUGCCAAGAGGACAGAGCCACCUUCAUUGAGUGUGACAUCCGAGUGGCGGUGGGCACCUCCCAGCAGAGAAGAUCUGUGUCCUACCUCUACAUCUGCGGGGACAGGCGGCCCCAGGGGCGUUUCGCUGGACUCUUUGCCAGCCCUAAAGUGGAAAGAGAUGAAGUUCUCAUCUAUAAUAGCUCCUGUAACAUUACCAUGGAAACUGAGGCAGAGAUGGAGUGUGAGGGAGCUAAUCAGCCAAUUACUGCCAAGAUUACUGAGAUAUGGAAAAACUGGGGCCAGAACACUCAGCUUGCCCUCCAGUUCUGUGGCCGGUGGGACGAGGACUCCAGCUGGCCUGCUGGCCACCAGCCGCGAGAUGGCGAUAACGUCACGAUAGAAGAAGGUCGGACCCUGCUCUUGGGGACCACCACGAGCAUCCUCAACCUGCUGCAACUCAAAGGUGGCAAACUCCUGUUUACUGGACCAGGACCUGUAGAACUGCAUGCUCAUUACAUCCUGGUGUCUGAUGGAGGAGAGCUCAGGGUGGGAUCCUCUGAGACCCCUUUCCAUCACAAAGCACACAUCUAUCUCUAUGGAAGCCUCCAUUCUCCGCCUUUAUUUCCAUAUGGAGUCAAAUUCCUGGCAGUCAGGAAUGGGACCCUUUCCAUUCAUGGCUGGAUGCCCAAAGUAGUUUCCACACACUUGCAAUCAUCAGCUAACGCUAGUGACACACGAUUAGUGCUCCAGGAACCUGUUGAUUGGCAACCUGGUGAGGAAAUCCUGGUGGGAAGUUCAGGCCUUGGAGAUGCAGAGCAGCAGGAGGAAGUGGCUGUUAUCCAGUCUGUGAACAGCACGGAGCUGCACCUUAGAUCACCCCUCAGGUACCCCCACAGUGCUGGAGAGGGAUGGGGCAAUGGCCGAGGUCUGCCUCCAAGUACUGUGGUGGCACUGAUCAGCAGAAGGGUUGUUGUUCAAGGAAAUGUCACACUGGAGAGGAUGUCCCACCUCAGGCAAUGUGCAAAUGCAGGUGGCUCUGGGUGUUUGUACAAGAGAAGUGAGAGGCAGCUGGGCUCUCGGGACCUGGGAGCCGUCGUGGUUGUGGAGGCCUUCCAGGGACAGGCGAGUCGGCUCCAGCUGGAGGGGGUCCAGUUCCGCCACGUGGGCCAAGUGUUCCGGCCCCACCGCAGCGCCCUGACUGUCACUGGCAACACCUGGAUGGCAGACUCUUACAUCCAUGGGUGCUGUGUUCUGGACUCCUUUGGCCAAGGCCUCCGUCUGGCCGGGAUCUCCAACCUCAGUGUGGACAGCAAUGUUUUCUACAACAUUUCAGGCCAUGGGAUUCUCCUGGGUGAGGGGCUAGAAGAGGAGAACAAAAUCAGUAACAACAUAGUGAUUGGACUUUCUGUAAGUGAUGGUUUAUCCAAUAUUGAAACACUGUCACCAGCAGGGAUCUACAUCAGGGCUCCUGCCAGCCACAUCAGGGGUAACACAGUGUGUGGUGCUGGGUAUGGCUAUUUCUUUCAUCUCUCCCCUGAGGGACCAUCCCAAGUGCCUCUGGUGUCCUUCAGAGAGAACACAGCUCACUCCUGCACAAGGUAUGGGUUGCUGGUGUACCCAGAGUAUUUGCCAGACAGUCGUGUUCAGCUCAACAACUUCACAGCCUGGAGCUGCCACGGGGGAGCACAGAUUUUCCGUAGCAGGAACCUCGAACUACGGCAUUUCUGCAUUUCUAUUUGCGAGGACUUUGGCAUUGACGUUGUGGAAAGCCUGGGAAACGUCUCUGUGUCUGACAGUGUUUUAAAUGGACACCUUGGGCAAAAGGAUAGGACCUGUAUGUCUGCAGGACUAAAGACUCCCAAAAGAUACCAGCUCUUCAUCUCCAACACAGCUUUCAGGAACUUUGAUGUGAACACUUGCACAGCCAUCAGGACUUGUUCUGGCUGUUUCCGAGGGCAGGGUGGGUUUACAGUGACAGCUGAACAUCUGAGCUUCACCAAUUCCCCUUUCCAAGUGUCCUUCCCCUUUCCUCACUCUGCCAUCCUUGAGGAUCUCGAUGGCUCCACCACGGGACAGAAGGGAAGUCAUGUCCUGCCUUCCACAGAUAUCCUGGCAGCGUCUUGCACAGCCAGUGCCAACUUCAGCCAAGCUUCUGGUGGCAGUGUCUGUGACAGUGACCUUGUUUUCCACCGUAUGGCUCUUCAUUUAAAAGAGGCUCCAGACAUUCCUUAUAAUUUAACUGUGACUGACAGUAGGAAUAAGACAGACACAGUAAAUUAUGUCUCUGAUACUUUAUCAAACCUGUAUGGCUGGAUGGCUCUUCUCUUGGAUAAAGAGACUUACACAUUGACAUUUGGCAGCCCUUUGGUCAGCAAACAGCUCCAGUAUUCAGUGACAUUUAGCAACUUCAAGGCUGGAAAUUACCUGCUGAUGGAACACAAGGAUCUUCCUGCCCAUCUUGAGGCUGUGGUGUCCUGUGGGACAAGGAGGGGACAGCCACUCCCAUUGCUCCCUUCCUACGAGCACCACAGGAGCUGUGAUUGGCAUCUUGACAGAAAACUGGGGAAGUUCACCUAUUUGGUCACAGGAGCUGACUUAAUUCAGGUCACACUGAAAGAGAAGGAGAGAGUGGCUUUACCUACCCCAGUUCCUUCUGGUGCUGUCUUGAAAUGGUCACUCCCAGAGACGUGGAAUGGUGUGGGAAAAGGCUGGGCUGGAUCCAAUGGCAACAUCCCAGGCCCGGGGGAAGAUGUCAUCAUCUUGCCAAACAGGACCAUCCUGGUGGAUGUGGCUCUUCCACCUCUGAGAGGACUCUACAUCCUGGGGACCCUUGAAUUCCCCAGCAACUCCAGCAACGUCCUGAGCGCAGCCUGUGUCGUGGUGCUGGGGGGUGUGCUGAGAGUGGGUUCUUUGCAACAUCCCCUAGAAAGGGAUUUAAAGCUGCUGCUCCUUCUUCGGGCAUCUGAAGGGAUUUACUGUGAUCGUCUGGAGGAUAUAAAUGUCCACCCAGGGAGUAUUGGAGUUUAUGGGCAGGUGCAAAUUUAUAGUGCUUAUCCUAAGAUGCCUUGGACACAUCUGGGAACUAAUGUUGCUCCUGGCAAUGAAAGGAUUUUUGUGGAGGAUGAAGUAGAUUGGGAUCAAGGUGGGGAUAUUGUGAUCAGCUCUACAUCCUAUGAAGCCCACCAAGCUGAAGUACUUACACUUAAAGAAGUCCAUGGUCAUAAUAUAAGAAUUCAUGAACGUCUUCUACACAGGCACAUUGGGCGUCCCCAUGACACAGAAGACGGGAGACGCAUCCCUUUGGCCGCGGAGGUUGGGCUCCUCACACGGAACGUGCAGAUCCAGUCAGAUCUGGCUUGUGCUGGGAGGAUGCUGGUGGGACACAUCACAGACUCCAGUGGGAUGGAGUUUGAAGGUGCUCUUCAACUCUUAAAUGUUCAGUUUGUGAACUUUGGGCCUCCUGAUUUUUCUGCCAUUGAAUUCAGGAAUGUAUCCCAGGAGUCCUCAGUGGUGUCAUCCAGCAUUAGCGGCAGCUGCGGAGCCGGCAUUAAAGCAGUCGAGAGCAGUGGGAUCUUGUUGCACAAUAACGUGGUGUUCAACACCACUGGACCUGGCAUUGAUUUAGAAGGGAAAAAUCACUCUCUCAUCAGGAGCCUUGUUAUUCUGAGCAGGCAGCCAGCAGGUUCAUUAAACUGGGUUGCUGGCAUCAAGGUGAACCUGGCCACCAGUGUCUCCCUCCGCGGCAAUGCCGUGGCAGGAUCCGAGAGAAUUGGCUUCCAUAUCAGGGGCCAAGAAUGUUUUCCAGAUAGAGAAUACUGCAGUGGAAAUGUGGCCCACUCCAGUCUCCAUGGCAUUCACCUGUACCAGGAAGAUGGAUUUCAGACCAUCUUAGACUGCAUUAGAAUCACAGGUUUUCUGUCCUACAAGAAUUAUGACUAUGGUGUCAUGCUCCACCUUGGAGGCAGCAUUAUGGUGGAAAACGUGGUGCUGGUGGACAAUACCAUGGGACUCCUGGCAGUGGUGCACUGUGCCUAUGCUGAGCAAUGCUACACGGGGAAAAAAUUCAUAGAACUUAAAAACUCUGUCAUUGUCGCAACAAGCUCGACUUUUGACUGCCUCAGAGACAGGAUCAAGCCUCACUCAGCUGACCCAACAGCCCAGGACAGACCCCCACGCUACCCUCUAAGAGGCCGUGUCGGGAUUUUAUGGCCCACGUUUACCACCGUUCCCAGCCAAAGGCCAGAGGAUCCCUGGCACAAAACUGGGAAUUGUCCAAAAGCCCUGGGAGUUGUGAAGUUGAAAGAAGUCACCUUUACUGGUUUUACAAAGAGCUGCUACAGUGAAGACAGGGAUGUCUGUAUCAUGUCAAAUGCUGAUCAUUUAGACUUCAUGCCUCUCAUCACAGCAGAGACAUCAAGGAUGUUACAUGUCAGUGAGAAGGACAAGUUCUACUUUCAUCCAACAAGUGGACAAACUUCUGAAGACACCAUGCUCCCUGAAAAGAGAUGCAAAGGCUCAAGGAAAGCCCUUUUCAAAGAUUUGGAUGGAGGUGUCCUCGAUCUAGAGCCACCUGUCUCUGUUUUCCCAAAGUCAGAAUUUGAAUGGACACAGUUCUACUCAGAAGCUGGAAUUUACAGAGAUGACAGUAAGUGCUUCUUCAAGCCCUCAGUACAAGGCUACUUCUGCAAACAGACAGAUCAUGCGCUUGUCAUCUUAGAAAACUUGGAUUCCAGUCUGGACAGCCAGAGACUGUUCCCAGUGGUUACAAUGACUGGCAGCUUUAUGGACACCUUCACUGAUGAGACCUCACAUUCUUUGUGUUACCCUGCAGAGCAUCGUUCUACUUUCUUCUCUGUUCUACCCUCCACCCAACUCAGCACAGUUUGCUUCCCAGGCCUGCCACCUCUGGCUUUCAGACUCUACCUCCUCAGUGGCCAAAACACAACCAGGCUGCCCCUGGCCAUAUUCUUCACUGAAACACUCAGCCUUCGUGUUUUCACCCAAGGGAAUUAUAUCUCUCCGACCCCCUCUUCUUUUUCACCUAACGCAGGGCCAGGAGCCAAUUACUUCAGCUUUGAGGACAACCUUCUCUAUGUUCUCCUCCAUGAGAAGGAACCUGUGGAAAUAGUUGCUGGCCUUUCCCUUCUUGUGGCUUUCACUGUAACUGAGGCUGUUGGGGAAGAGGGUGAGGAAGCUAUAACUCGUCGAUUGGCUGAUUUCUUGAAGGUUGGUCAUGACCAAGUCAGAGUAGUCCAUAAUGUGCUGGGAGGUGAAAGCACAUUGAAGGUAAUCUCAGCCAAUGCCAACAAAAAGAGAUAUCACUGCCCUAACAUGGCAUUUUGCACAGCCUUUCAGAGCAGAUACAGCCCACUGGAAGAGGGAACACAACCAGGGAGCAGCCGGGCUCUGCAUCCACCUGAUGGGGCUGGUCCAUCAAGAGUGCUGAUCAUUGAGCUUGGUGAUCUGCCGGGUCAUCCAAGAAAUGAGUUGACAAGUGACAGCCUAAAGAGUCUGGCCAGAACAAUUAUCAACACUCAUCAGACUGGAGACCUUCAGAGUGGCCUUGGCUUGACAGUUGACACCUUAAUGGUGGCUCAGUCUCCUUUGCUGUCCCCAGGAGAAGGUAACAGUAGAAAUGGAAGCAGACAACAUUCAGAAAUGUGCUUAUACAGAAGACCCUACAGCAUCUCUGUUCAGGUGCAGCCUUCAGAUGGAGAAAUUGAGAAGCAGCUUCCAGUACAGCCAAAAAUCAUUUUCCUGGACAGAAAGGGUGAAAGAAUUGACAAACUGGGGACCCCUGCAGAACCCUGGGUUGUAUCAGCCCAUCUCAAGGAUUCCUCCAAGGCUGUGCUGAAAGGGCUCACCCAAGUGCAGGUCAUAGAGGGAUGUGCAAGCUUUUCCAAUCUGGCUGUCUCCAGCUCAGGAACAAACUGGAGACUUGUGUUCACUGUCACAUCACCUCCAGGGACCAAGUUCACUGUGCUGUCCCAGCCAUUUGCCACCUUCCCUGUGCCCAUGAGAGCCAGGGCCAGCAUGAUCCUCGUUGUCAUACUGGGUUCAGCAGCAUCUGCAUUCAUCAUUGUUCUUUCAUUCUGCUGGCUCAGGAAGAGCAAAAGCCACAAAACGAGGACUGAACAGCCUCAUCUACCACGGGACAGCACCAAGAGACCCAGUGAACAGUUACAGCCUCCUGCAGCUCCCACCAAGCCUUGCUUCAAUCAAGGACAAAAUAAUAGUGGAGUGUCUGUAGCAGGAGCUAAGGAAGGAAGUGGAGCUGCCACAGGACGUGCAGAGGAGCUGAACCAGAAGCCCAAGUCGCCAAGAAAGCCCCGCAAAGUGCAGCCCAAGAGAGGUGACAGACACAGCUUUCCCUCAGCCAGGAAGAGUGACAGCCACCAACAGCCCCACAGAGCAAGAUCUCCUGGUGACUCUGAGGAGCUGCCGGGGUGCUCCAGGCAGGAGGAAGCUCCCCAACCUUCAGCUGGGUACAAGCAGGAAAGGGAGAAGCGUGACGGGAUGUCCCAACAGCAGAAUGAUGUCAGAGAGUGCGUUGCCAUGGUGGCAGCAGAGGGAUAACGCAGAGAUGGGAGGGGAUGAACCACUGUGGUCACUGUGGGGUUCUGUGGUCAGAGAAAACCACACAGGGUUUGGGCUGAGGGACCAGAUGGCCAAAGGAAGCUGCAGCCAGCUGCCAGGCUCUUUGGUGCUGACCUUUCUGAGCUUCCAGAAUGGGCUGGGUGCAUCCAAACUGCAUUUGAGACUGACUACUGACCAAACCCUGGCUGCUCCAAAAGAGUCUCCAGGAGUUGUUUUGGGGAGUGCUUAGUGGAUCAGCUUUGAGAUUGCAUUCAAAAGCAGCCAGGGAUGAGCCCAGCAACCCAACAGGGUUUCUGACACUACAAUGUUGUAGCAUGGAUGUUGUCUUAGUGUUUCAAGCAUUGCUGGUGAAUAUGCAUAUAUGUAAAUAUACAGAAAUUGUCUCAUUUCUUCCAGCCACACUUUUAGUUUCAUUCAAAGAAUCUCAGUGUGUACACAAAUAUUUUCCUUUUUUCAUUUAUUCAUCUCUCAUUGUGGCUUAAGUAAAUGCUUCCAUUCCACUCUACUUAAACCUUUUAUUUUCUUUUUUUGUUUUUUUUAGAAUAAAGUAUAUUACUGAGUAAAUUGUCAGCAUGGCAUUGUUUUCUGACACCUUUAAAUCACUGGCUUGUUAUGAACACUACUCUUUAUGGAUAAUAAUACUAAUGCUGAUAUUCUUCAGUUGCCCAGAGAAUUCCUCUGUGCUUUGCUUUACUGAGCUGGAAGAUGAGGAACUUUAUUAUGCCUUCUCUGUACCAUAAAAUUCUUGGUUGCAAGGUGUCCUGGUGGCACCAGAUAAAAUUUAUACUCCUUUUGCAGAAAAAAAAAA